AUGACAGUCAAAACAAAGACUUUUUCAAAAGAAGACAAAAGUUUUGACGUUGAGAAUGGUCAAUUAGGUCAACCAUCUACUUCAACAGAAUCAUGGUCUCAGGAUCAAAAAAUCUCGACUAAUACUCCUCUUUUACCACAACUUGAAGAGAAUCAUUUUUCAAUGACCAAAUAUGCAAUGUUCUCUAACAUUGCAACCCUUGGUUUAAAAGGCAAGAUUUUACAACAUACUAUCACAUUUGCUUGCGUUGUUUGCUUCUCCUUGUUUGGCUAUGAUCAGGGUUUAAUGGCAGGUAUAAUCACUGCACCGCAAUUUGUCGAAACUUUCCCUGCUGUUGGUGGUGUUUCUCAUCACACAACAGUCGUUCAGGGUGCGGUUACCUCUUGUUAUGAGCUAGGCUGCUUUUUUGGAGCUUUAAGUGCCAUGUAUUUUGGAGGCAAAUGGGGGAGAAAAAGAAUGAUUAUGUUUGGCUGUGUAAUCAUUAUUAUGGGUACGUUUAUUUCUAUUUUUCCAUUCAAAGGUCACUGGGCUUUAGGACAUUUCAUUAUAGCUAGAAGUUUCACAGGGUUUGGUAACGGUUUCAACACUGCAACAAUCCCGGUUUAUCAAUCGGAAUUAUCUGAUGCCACAAAUAGAGGUUUUAUGGUUACUUUUGAGGGAUGUAUGGUUGCUGUUGGUACCACAACAGCCUAUUGGAUUGUUUUUGGUCUUUCCUAUGCUAAAGGCUCUAUAUCUUGGAGGUUACCACUUGCCUUACAAGUUGUUUAUGCUGGUCUCUGUUUUUUUUUGAUGAUCGGCCUACCUGAAUCUCCAAGAUUCUUAAUCACCAAAGAUAAGAUCGAAGAAGCACGUUAUGUCUUGGCCCAACUCCAUGACACUUCAAUCAAUGACCCAGAUUUGUUAGAAGAAGUUAUUCUUGUUAGAGAUGCUAACAACAGAUUUUCCAAACGUAUCACUCUUAAGGAAUUCUUCACCCCCUCUAAACAUCAGUAUCUGAAUAGAGUACUUAUCGGGUCUUCAAGUCAGUUCUUCCAACAAUUCACCGGUUGUAAUGCAGCCAUCUACUAUUCAACUGUUUUGUUUGAAACGACUGUUGGGUUGAGCAGACGGAUGGCGUUGACUCUAGGUGGAGUUUUUUCAUCCAUCUAUACAUGUUUUACAGUUCUUGCAUUUUUCCUAAUAGAAAGAGUAGGUAGGAGAAAACUAUUUUUUACAGGAGCAAUUGGACAAGGAUCCUCCUUCAUAAUAGCAUUUGGAUGUUUGGUGCAUGACACAAAAGAAAAUGCUAAAGGUGCUGCAGUGGGCUUGUUUUUAUUCAUUUGUAUAUUUGGCUUUACUAUAUUGCCUCUACCUUGGCUAUACCCACCAGAAAUCAAUUCCAUGAGAACAAGAACCAUGGCUGCUUCGGCAUCAACAUGUACAAACUGGUUAUCUAACUUUGCCGUCGUAAUGUUCACUCCAAUCUUCAUCAACAGAACUAGAUGGGGUUGUUAUUUGUUCUUUGCAGCUAUGAACUUCAUCUACGUUCCAAUUAUCUAUAUGUUUUACCCAGAAACUGCUGGUAGAUCGUUGGAAGAAAUCGAUAUCAUUUUUGCUAAGGCUUUUGUUGAGAAGAAACCAGCUUUCAUUGUUGCCCAACAACUGCCAAAGCUUUCAAACAAGGAAAUUGAAAGAGAAGGUAUCGAGCUUGGCCUAUACGAAGAUGAAAACGAUUUCUCUGAAUGGGGUUACGAAACCGAUGCUAUCACCAAGCGUCGUCCAGUUCACUCACGUCAAAACACUCAACAAACUUUAAGAACGGUCCCUGCUAGUACAACUCCUGCAGAGAAAACAUAA